AUGCUAGACACAGCUAGCAAUGGGAACUUCCUCAACCAGGAUGUAGAUGAUGGCUGGCAACUUGUGGAGAACAUAGCUAACUCAAAUGGAAGCUAUGGAGAAGAGUAUGAUCGCACCAACCGGAGCUCGACCCACCACUCGAUCGAGUCAGACGAAAAGUUGAGAAAAGAUGUUAAGGCAUUGAAUGAGAAGUUGGAUAAGCUGAUCCUAGCUCAGUCCACAAUGAAGAAAGUCAACUUUGUGUCUGCUGAGGAGAUGGAACCAGUCCAAGAAGGGGAGGAUACACAAUUUGCUGAGGUAUGUGCUACAUGA